CGGGUCUCUCACAGGGUUCAGCAAUGUAAAGCCCAGGCCCAUUCUCCCUGUCUUACUUUCUUGUUCCCAGCCAUAAAACUGCACUGGCUAUCUGCAAUUUCUGGCUUCCAUAGCUUUCAACACUUAAAACCCAAGCUGGGUUUUUCAAAACCUUAAGUUAUCGUUGUGAUCCUGCAAAAGGUCUCAAAUUGUCUCAUACUCUUCAAUACAAUCCUCGUAGACAUUCCUGGUUUUUGUCAAGUAUAAUGUUUGCGAGUUCUGGAAGCUCCAUUUGUUGCCAGUCAGGAAUUAAUCAGAUCAAGCCAACUGAAGCAGCUUUGUCGCACGGGGUUGGCUUCUUUAAUUGCAGAACUGCUCUCUUGCUGAAGUCUUCAUCAUUUCUCUCCGCAAGGAAUUCUCUACACUACAUUGUUGGUUUAAACACGUUCGAUGUAAAGUUCUCCCAGAAGCAAAGUAGACAAACUAUAACUGCUUCAAAAGCAAUUGAGAAGAAAAUAAUCAAGAAGGUGGGAAGGAAUGAGCACCACUUAUGGAAGAAAAAAGACUCAGCUGGGUCUGGACAAAAGGCACUCAACCUUGUUAGAAUUGUUUCCGAUCUUCCCAAUGAGAAAGAGGCUAUUUUUGGAGCAUUGGAUAAAUGGACAGCUUGGGAGACAGAGUUCCCACUGAUUGCAGCAGCUAAGGCUUUGAGAAUUCUAAGGAAGAGGAGACAGUGGAUGCGUGUAAUUCAAGUGGCAAAGUGGAUGCUAAGCAAAGGUCAAGGAGCAACAAUGGCAACAUAUGACACCCUUCUACUGGCAUUUGAUAUGGAUCAUAGGCUAGAUGAGGCUGAAUCACUGUGGAACAUGAUUCUGCAUACACAUACACGCUCUAUCUCAAAGCGGCUAUUUUCUAGGAUGAUCUCUUUGUAUGAUCAUCACGAAAUGAAAAAUAAGAUAAUAGAGGUAUUCGCAGAUAUGGAGGAGUUGAGUGUAAGACCAGAUGAAGAUACUGUCAGGAGAGUGGCACGUGCUUUUCAGGAGCUAGGCCAAGAAGACAAGAGCAAACUUGUUUUGAGAAGAUAUGGGUGUAAAUGGAAGUACAUUCACUUCGAGGGUGAAAGGGUUAAAGUGAGAACUAAUGCAUGGGAUGAAGAUGACAUCGUAACCAAUUCAAAUGGGAGCACAAUCUGAUCAUGGUAUCUGUUCUAUGUGUUAAAACUUGCUCAUAUAUGUUCAGAGAUAACGAGUUAUAUUUCUGAAGAUAAAUUACAAAUUUCCCUUUCUGAAGAUAACGAGUUACAUGUACAGACACAGGAUAAGAUCCACUCGUAAAUGCUAAGAGUAGGAAUCUGCUGUUAGAUAAAAGGAUGCUGUAAAUAUAUUUAUAACAAUGUUUCUAAAGUUUACACCUUUGUCAAAUACACCCUAAUUUUGUGGAUUAAUUAGUAGUGGUAAUUGACCUUUUUGGUAUUUUAUUGCCUGGUCUUUGACUGUAAGCCUUAGACACUUAUGGAGAGGAAGUGUAAUCUCUACUGUGUUCAGAUGGAUGAUGGAUCUAUGAUUUCAAGUUCUCAAUUCAUAGUCCUAUUCUGGAGUGUCAUGUCUUGGGAAUGUUGUAUCGAGCCAUUAGCCUUGCAGAGUUGCAGGUGAAAACAAAACUUGCCUCCAAGUAAACAGUAGACUAUAGCACAGAAGUACAUGUGUUUCUUGUAACCAUUAAUAUUUCAAUUAUAAUCUGAUAUGCUUUUAAUUUCUAUGGAUCA